CAACAAAGAGAAAAGAAGCUCCCAUUCAGCAGCAGCGCCCAAGCGAAAGUCGCGUCAUCUUCCGGUGUGGGGGGCAAAACCAGGCUACUUCGAUGUCGCCAGUGCUACACGGUGGAUAAGCGCAAAAAAGUGACCGCACUGCAACAAAGAUGGAUUAUGUCUACAUGACGACGGCGGCCGGUGGCGAUCCGGGGAACCGUGGACCAGAGGACAUCAUAACGCUGACAAUGUACGACAGCGAUCCAACCGGAGUGGCCGUGGCCGAGUAUCCGGAUGCGGUGGCCGAGUACAGUGCGUUCAACAUCGGUUCCGCUGAGCCAGAGUUUAUGGAGCACUCCAUGAUCCUGGCGGACGGAGGCGAUCGGUUCGGUGUGUCGACCGUGUGCUUCGACACACAGGAGGAACUGGUCUGGAUGGGCAACCAGGGUGGCCACGUAACGUCCUACUACGGUGGGUCGAUGCAGAAAUACACCUCGUUCCAGGUGCACGCCAACGAGGUCGUCCGGCAGAUCGCCACAAUCGAACCGGGCAUUUUGGCCCUCACGCCGACCUCCCUGCGCCAUCAGAUACGCCGCGGGUUGCCCAAGUUCACGUUCCGCUCGGAGCGGAUGGUCGAUAUGGUGUGCAUGAUCGAGCAUGCCCCGGCUCGCCUGCUGCUCGGUGGACACCAGAGUGAUAUGAUCGAGUUCGACAUUGGCACGGCGAGUGAACUGUCAACCAGUGUGCAGGCCGGCCCGGAUGGUUGUGCGAUACUCCGGCGUCACUCGCGGUACCUGUGCGCAGGGGACGCAUUCGGAAAGAUUGCCCUGCGCGACCCCAACACACUGGCCAUCGAGCACGAACUGCUGACGCACUCGGGCAGUUUGUCCGAUUUUGACGUGCAGGGAAACUAUCUCAUCUCGUGCGGGUUCAGUGGCCGUCAGGGAAAUCUCGCCAUCGAUCGGUUCCUGAUGGUGUACGAUUUGCGUAUGUUGCGGCUCGUGUCACCGAUCCAGCUGCUGGUCGAGCCUCAGCUAUUGCGCUUUCUGCCUUCCCACUGUUCCCGGUUGGCGGUCGUAUCUCCGGAAGGCCAGUUGCAGCUGGUCGACACGGUGGAACUGAGUGAACCGCGGGUUUGCAUGUUCCAGAUUAACACCACCGGAUCACAGUGCCUUUCGUUCGACAUCAGUUCCUCGAGCCAGGCGAUGGUGUUCGGUGACCAGUCCGGGCACAUCAAUCUGAUUUCGGCCGUCAAGAUCAACACACCGACGCUGGCGUUCAAUCCGUACUCGCGGGACACUGAAUUCGCCGACACGAUCGAACCGCCACCGUUCGUUCCGAUCACCGAUACCAACUUUCCGCUGUCGUCGAUACUUCUGCCCCAUCUAGCAACCGGCGACCGGUGGUUGAGUGAUUGGCCUGCUUGGAUGAACACGUACGAGUACCGGCGACCGAAACCGAUCGAUGCGCAAAUCCUUUCCACGAUGAAGAUGCAGGGACCGAUCGGGUAUGCACCGAAUCCGCGCACCUAUCUUCGCAAUCAGAUACCGUACCUGCCGGAGGGUGCGCCGGGGUCCGGAGGUCCUGGGGGCAGCGGUUCCAGCACGACUACCGCCGCACACAACUCAUCGGCCAAGGGUGGACUCGGAACGGAUCAACAAGGAAUGCGGCUCGUUCCGCGGCGCUACCGGAAGGUGGACGUUAAGUACAGCAAGCUCGGCUGUCAAGAUUUCGACUUUGAACAGUACAAUCAGACUGGGUUCGUUGGGCUCGAAGCGAACCUGCCCAACGCCUACUGCAACGCGAUGCUACAGGUCCUGUACUUUAUCGUUCCACUGCGCACGGCCAUCCUGGCGCACUGCUGCUCGAAGGAGUUUUGCCUUUCGUGCGAACUGGGCUUUCUGUUUCACAUGCUCGACGUCGGCAGUUCGAGUUCCCCGUGCCAGGCGAGCAACUUUUUGCGUUCGUUCCGAACCGUGCCGGAAGCGGCCGCCCUUGGGCUGAUCCUUUCAUCGGACCGGGCGUCCAAUAGUGCAAACAUCAAUCUGAUCAGCCUCAUCCAAAACUGGAACCGUUUCGUGCUGCACCAGAUCCACUACGAGUUGCUGGAGGCGAUGAAAAAGAACGAAACGAUGCACUUCUACGAACAUCCCCGCCAUCACCAGCUUGGAGCGGGACAAUCGCCGUACGGAUCCGUACACGAUCAGCACGAUAGUGUGCAAAAGUUUCAGAUCCUCAAUCUCGGAAGCGGAAAAUCAGGUCCCGGUUCGACACAACAACAGCAGCAGCAGCAGCAACAACAACAAACGGGAAGCAGCACGGCAAAAGAUGAAACGGAUAUCAGCCGGCUGUUCGGGACGCAACAGCAAACGACCCACCGCUGCCUGAAGUGCAACACCGUUCGGGCGAAGGACAAUGUGUUGCUCGUGUGCAACUUGCUCUACCCGACCGCCACCACCAACAACGUCGAGGGCACGUUCGGCACGAUCCUGAAGCACUCGCUCGGUGUGGAGAAAACGACCCCGGCCUGGUGCGAAACGUGUAACAAGUUUACACCUACCAAUCAGAAAUCACGCGUCACCGAUCUGCCCGCCAUCCUGUCGAUCAACUGCGGGCUGGACAAUGAGAAGGAGCUCGACUAUCUGCGGCGUCAAAUGGCACGACCUGCGCAGGGGGCGGCCCAAGCACAGCAGCAGCCAGGUACGACGGGGCAGGUUGGAUCGGGGACCAGCGCCGUGUCUGGGGAUCAGUCAGCUGCUGGAGGGCCGGUCACUUUCAAUGGGUCCAAUACGAGUACCAAAAUGUGCCGCUACGGAACAAACUGUUCGCGAGUCGAUUGUCAUUUCGCUCAUCCGCGCAAAUCAUCACCGUGUGUUAUUUCGGCCGCCCCUUCCGGAGUCACACACGGAAUGCAAAAGUCCUGGUUUCCGCUCAGCUUCCAGAUGCUGCUGGACGAGCAACGGAAUUUGGAAAUUAACUCGAUGCGAACGGCAUCGCACGGGGAACCGGUGCUGGUUACAUCCAGUGGCCAGGAGCCACCUUCCGUAUCGCCAAUCACUGAGCACGGUGACGAAAAAACAUCCAACGCCGAACCGGAAAUGGGGCCGAAAGUCAGUAAAACGUACAACCUUUCCGCCGUGGUUUGCUACAUCAACGACGGUGCCCAGCGUAACCUCGUGUCACUCAUCCAUGUCCCCGCCAGUUACCACGAGCUGAAGCAACCGUCACAAUCGACGUCCUCGUCGCCGGCCGGUGGAUGGUACAUUUUUAACGAUUUUAGCAUCUCGCCCGUCACCGUGCAGGAAGCCGUUUGGUUCACACUGGACUGGAAGGUGCCGUGUGCCCUGUUUUACACCAACACCAGUUCCGUGAGCACCGAACUCCCGCCGGUGGACUGUGAGUCGAUACGAGAACGGGUUGCGGCACAGUACAUGAACCCGUUCACGCACGAUCUGUUCGUCGAGGACGUGCCCGCCGAUGAUGGGCGGCUAGUGACGGGACUGGAGGCAAACGAAGAAGUCGGAUCGACCGAAACCGGCACGGCUAUGCUCGAUGAGGCCGCUGGCAGUUUUAAGCCUCUCGGACGCAGUGAAAUCUUCCGUGCCGGUGAGCUCGUCGCGAUGGACGCAGAAUUCGUGACACUCAAUCCGGAGGAGAGCGAAAUACGCUCCGAUGGCAAGAUGUCGACGGUGAAACCGAGUCACAUGAGUGUGGCCCGUAUCACUUGCAUCCGCGGGCAGGGUGACGAUGAGGGCGUCCCCUUCAUGGACGAUUACAUCUCGACGCAGGAGCAAGUGGUCGACUAUCUAACAAAGUUCUCCGGCAUCAAACCGGGCGAUCUGGACGCCAACUUUAGCAACAAACGAUUGACGACACUGAAAAACUCGUACCAAAAGCUGCGCUAUCUCGUCGACAGUGGCGUCGUGUUUGUGGGGCACGGAUUGAAGAACGAUUUCCGGGUCAUCAACAUCAUCGUACCGCCGGAGCAGAUCGUCGACACGGUGCAUCUCUUUCAUCUGCCGCACCACCGGAUGGUUUCGUUGCGUUUUCUCGCCUGGCAGUUCCUGGGCAUUAAGAUACAGUCGGAAACGCACGAUUCAAUCGAGGACGCGCGGACGGCACUGCAGCUCUACAAACACUAUCUGCGGCUGCAGGAGAAGGAUGAAUUUUCGCACGCCCUGUCCACGCUGUACGAAACCGGCAAAAAGUUACAGUGGAAGGUACCGGACUGAGGAUGGAACCUCAAAAUGAGAGCGAAACGUGUGCGGUCUGUGGUUGCAAAUGUUUCAGACAUUCAUCAUUCGGUUUAUUAUAGGCACCAGGGCCACAGUGAAUACUCCAGGACACCCUGCUUGUGGGCAUCGCUGGCAACCACUAACAAGUUUUCUGGGCCGCCUUCCGUUCCCUGAAGCACUGCUCCUGUCCACUGUCUAUGUCCUUCACCCUACUGAAAAGUAUUUUUCGAAACA